AUGCAAUUUAGGGGUUUUGGAAGCAACAAUGCGGCCGGAAAUAGGAAGCGUAUACGUGGGGUGGAGUUUAUUAGCGAGUUCCCCAUGCUGGUUCCUCUCUCCUUCAAACUUCCGACCGGCGGCUACGUUCACGGCGAGAUGGCGAACGGAGUGGUGCCGGUCCGCGACGGACUGACGAUGAGGACGACGAUGUCGCCUUCGGCCGCGGGAUAG